ACGGAUCAUGACCACAUGAUAUUAUUGAUUCUGAUUCCUAAUUCGUUAAUAUCAUCGAUUACAUCAUCGGAUCAGACAACUAACGUAAUAACGUAAUCUGAUAACGACAAUUUUUCACAUUUGUUAUCCAUUAACCAUGAACCAAUUUUCGUUAAAUUUCGAUCGAGAAAACUAUCACGAAAAGCCAAAAAAUGAUAUUUUUGCCGAUGCCAUUACGAGAACUCAACAACCGAUUGUGACUGGUACUUCGGUACUUGCAUUUAAGUAUAAGGACGGUAUAAUGUUAGCUGCGGAUACAUUGGCAUCAUAUGGCUCACUUGCUCGGUUUACGAAUAUUCAACGUCUUUAUCCCGUAGGUGAUUUUACGAUAAUCGCUGCUUCAGGAGAUAUUUCCGAUUUUCAAUAUGUCCAACACCUUUUAGAUACUGUGAUGGUAGAAGAAUAUUAUACAAAUGAUGGCCAUGUCCUUAGAACGCAAAAUAUUUAUGAGUAUUUAAGUCGUGUGAUGUAUGGUAGACGAUCUCGGUUUAAUCCUUUAUGGAAUUCUUAUGUUGUUGGAGGUUAUAACGAUGGAGAAAAGUUUCUUGGAUAUGUUGAUCUCCUUGGAACGACUUAUCAAUCUUCAACAAUCGCUACUGGUUUUGGAGGUUAUUUAGCUCAACCAAUUUUGCGUAAAGCUGUUGAAGGUAGAGAGGACACACUUACAGAAACUGAAGCCAUUGAAAUUAUGAACUCUUGUAUGAAAGUUUUAUAUUACAGAGAUGCAAGAAGUUUUAAUAAGUUUCAACGUGCCAAAAUUACCGCUGAGGGUGUAGAGAUAAGUGGACCUUAUAAAGCCGAGACACAAUGGGAUUUUGCUGAAGGGCUCAGAGGAUAUGGUCCUUAAACGUGUUAAACAUUUGGCAAACGUUAUAAUUGCCGAUUUAUUUGAUUUAAUUAGUUAUAUUAAAACAUUCUUACUUUUAAGAAAUAUGUAUUGUGAUCAGCUAGAUUAAUUAAUCAAUAAAGUUAAAUAUGAUUUUAUUAUUUUAUUUUUAAAA